AAAUAACAGAGCAACUUAGAAAAUAAUAACACGCUGGAAACUAAAGCAGCUGCCUCAUUCACAGUGAGGCAUUCCGGGAGCAAGAAAGUGGAGGUGAACGUUAAAGUGGACACCACUAUUGUAACUACCCCAACAUGGUCGUGUGUCAGGAAGUCCAAGCAUGAAGACCAUCCUUGCUGCCUACUCGGGGGUGCUGAAAGGCACCGGCUCCAGCAUCCUCUCCUCCCUGCAGGACCUGCCCUUGGCCUUCUGGCCAUGCGGAUCCAAGAUGGAGAAACAUCUCCAGGUCAUCUCUGUGCUGCAGUGGGUCGUCUCCUUCUUAGCCUUGGGAGCAGUGUGCACGGUGCUGUUAAUCUACAUGUUCUGCACUGAUUGUUGGCUUAUCGCUGCCCUUUACACCGCCUGGCUCAUUGUUGACUGGAACACCCCCAAACAAGGUGGCAGGAGAUCGUCAUGGGUGAGAAGUUGGACAGUGUGGACUUACUUCCGAGACUAUUUCCCAAUCCGGCUAAUUAAAACCCACAACCUGCUGCCCAACCGGAACUACAUAUUUGGCUACCAUCCACAUGGCAUUUUCUGUUUCGGGGCUUUCUGCAACUUUGGCACCGAGGCCACGGGCUUCUCCAAGAAGUUUCCGGGCAUCAAGCCGUCCCUGGCAACCUUAGCAGGAAACUUCCGGAUGCCUGUCCUACGAGACUACUUGAUGUCUGGAGGUAUCUGUCCAGUGAACAGGAACUCCAUCGACUACCUGCUGACGCGCAACGGUACUGGAAACGCUGUGGUCAUCGUGGUGGGAGGCGCGGCGGAGUCCUUACGCUGUGCACCGGGCAUGAACUCUGUCAUCUUGAAGAACCGAAAAGGCUUCGUGAAAAUGGCCCUACAGAAAGGGUCUGACUUGGUUCCGGUGUAUUCCUUUGGGGAGAAUGAUGCCUACAAGCAGGUGAUCCUGGAGGAGGGGACCUACUGGAGAGGUCUCCAGAAGAAGUUACAGAAGCUAUUGGGCUUUGCUCCGUGCCUUUUCCACGGCUGUGGCCUCUUCUUCGGCGACUCCUGGGGUAUCGUGCCAUACGGCAAACCAAUCACGACCAUAGUUGGGGAGCCAAUCACAGUGCCAAAAAUAGAACAUCCCUGUGAUGAGAUGGUGGAUUUGUACCAUUCCAUGUAUGUCAAGUCCCUUCAGUGCCUGUUCGACAAGUACAAGACCCGCUUCGGCUUGAAGGAGAGCGACGUCCUGUACAUCGAGUGAAAAGGAAGCGGGAAGCACGUAGAGCUGUGGCAGUAUAGCUUCCGAACCCCUUGGCCUCCCUUUUCGGACCUGACCUCAUCCCAGUCCUAUUUUGGUGCCUGGUUUGGAUUGUUUUCCGACUCUGAACCCCACACAGGAGCAUAUUUGCUUAAGAAACCUUUGCUCCCUGCGUUGUCUCUCAACGCAAAUAAGCAUAGAUUCUGCUCAGGUGACUGGCUGGCUGCAAGGACCGCUAUAGUAGGCUGGACCAGCAUUCCUCAACACCACAGGUGCCUUUUGGGUCUUUUUUGUGCAUGUUCUUAAUGACACCAGGUGUGUGUCUUUCAGGUGUGUGUGUGUGUGUGUGUUGGCGGAGGGGGCGGGGCAAGUUUGGUUAAACAAACUUUGAAACAAGUGCCAAAGUCUUGUGUAACUUGUGCGAGGGUGUAAUUCUCACAAAGCUCUUUGAGAUUCUACUACAAAAUAAAAGCACAACCAAUGCAUAUUGAGUACCACUAUAACACUAGGAUAUACAAAUCCCAAAGCUGUGCGGUGGGAGGAAUACGUAUUUGAUCACCUGCUGGUUUUGUAAGUUUACCUGCUUACAAAGAUAUGAGAUGUUUAUGGUAGUUUGUUUUAACUGAUACUGUAGAAUAAAAUAAAGGUGUUAAAUGUAUUUGAGUGAAAUAAGUAUUUGAUCUUGGUGGAGAAACCCCCCUGUAAUCCAUUCCAGUCUUGCGCAGGUCUACAAUCUGGUCUCUGAGGUCCUUCAACAGCUCUUUGGUGGUGUAGAAAUGAUUUGUGGGAAGAUGGAUUCUAUACACCUGAGUUAGGAGUACUUUCUUAAAGGGACUGUAAGAUGUCAUGUCGGGGGUCGUAGAACAAAGCCAACCCGUACCAGUCGAUCUUUGGGACCUUUCUAGUUGAGCCCUAAAAUAUUCGGGCGGGGGGGAAUGCAUCAUAUAGGACAGGACGAUAUGGCUGAAAACUGUUAAAUUAUGUCAUGAUAACUUAAAAAUAGAGACAACUUCAGAUUGUCUUGUUUUAUAUCGGUCGAUAUUGAUAAUUUUUAUGGCCUGUCGAAAAUAAGAUGAAGGAGAAAAAUAUUUUCAAUGUAAACAUUUGUAUUUAAAAUGUACCCUUCCUCUGAUUAUAAUCCCCUCAGCUAUCAAGCCCAAAAGGAAAGGAAAUGUCAACCCAACCAUGGAAAACAUUCAAACAACGUAAGCUAAAUGAUGAAAUCACAUUGGACAAUUAAUAAGCUCUCGAAAUCAUGGUGCAAAAAAAAGGAAUAUGCAAGAAAUGCUCAAAGUGUAACAAAAUAGUGCAAAGUGUGAAAAUGUAAACAUUGAGCAACCGGAGAACUAUUUUUUUGCAGGUUUACUGCCAGGAAGUCACCGCUGUGCUCUAAGGUGGUGUGUUAUUAUGGAGUACGAGUGCCUUGGUCUGACUAUGGUCUGUUUUUAAAAUAAUAAAAGAAACUGCCAUACUGUCUGUGUGACUUUUCCUGUGUUAUCGACAAGCACGAUCAAACACUCAUUUUUUUUGUAU